CCGUUUAACGUGGCAAGGGAAUUUUAGUUGCUUGGAGAGGCUCGUUGCUUUCGGAUUGCCAAGAUUCUGUUCAGUGUUAUAUAAAACCGUGCUCAUGGUAGAGUUUGCGCCUGCACCAAUAAUUAAAUAAAAUAUCAGGUAAUUCAUAUUUAUCAACAGACCAGCAAAAUGGGCGAUGCAAUCGAAGCGGAGAAUCAGCAGCAGCCGAUAAUUAAGAACUACAACAAUAAGAGAAGCAAUAAAAGCCCUAAGAUCCUUUCUGACUUAAACCGGCCGAUUAAACCGACGCCACUGGGUGAGCAAUCACGUGCUGUUCGUCGACAGGCUUUCAUGGUUAUACUUGCCAAUAUCGGCGUACUAUCAAGUGGCAUGUCCCUGGCAAUUCCCACAGUCAUACUGCAUCAGUUGGAAAGUAAAGAUGAGUCAGUAUAUUUGAGUCACGCACAGGCUUCCUGGUUUGCAGCUAUUAACACUUUGUCGUGUCCGUUGGGCGGCCUAUUAUCGGGUGCAUUGCUGGAUAGGAUUGGUCGCAAACGUACGCUCUACGUACUGAAUGUUUUAGGUAUAACAGCCUGGAUACUGCUUGCCACAGCGAGUGUAACAAAUUCUGAGUCUUUUUAUCGGCAGUUGCUCCUGUCCCGUUUUAUAAUUGGUAUUGUCAUGGGGCUAGCCAGUGCACCGGCGGGUGUUUAUGCGGCUGAGAUAAGUCUGCCCAAAUUACGUGGUAUCCUAAUAUUGGGCACAUCUAUAUCUGUGGCAUUGGGCAUAACAGUACUUUAUAGCAUCGGUUUCUUCAUACGGAAUGAUUUUCGACUGAUUGCGCUCAUUUGCGCUGGCUAUCAGAUAACUGCACUUCUUUGUGUGCUACCUCUUCAAGAGUCGCACAGUUGGUUGUUGUCCAAGAAACGUGUGGAGGAUGCCAAAAAGUCACUUAACUUUUUCCGGGGUCUUGACAAGUCACCAUACAUCACACAUCCGGAAGUUUUGGAGGAGUUUAAUUCUUUGGAGAAAUCGCUAAAUCUGCGUGAAGGUGAAAGAAAACCCUCAUUCCUGAGCUGUCUGCGCUUGCCGGAGGUAUAUAAACCUCUGAUCAUAUUGAUGGGACUAUUUGCUUUUCAGCAGCUGUCGGGAAUUUUUGUAGUCGUUGUUUAUGCCGUGCAAAUUUUAAGAGAUGCGGAUAACUCAAUUGAUGCAUUUUUGUGUGCCGUAAUUAUUGGAACAGCAAGAGUGGUGACAACCUGUCCCAUGGGUAUUGUAUUGGAGAAGUGGGGCCGCCGUCGUGCUGGGAUCAUUUCAACUCUGGGUAUGGGCAUCUCCAUGCUGCUACUGGCUGGUUGCAGCUGGCUCAAGGCUCUUCAAAGCAUACCAUAUCUAUCAGUCGUUGCUCUUGUGAGCUUCAUCGUGCUCAGCACGCUUGGAUUGUACACGCUGCCAUUUUUCAUGAUCUCGGAACUGUUCCCGCAAAAGGUGCGUGGUCCAGCUUCGGGGCUCACUGUGGCCGUGGGCAUGUUUUUCGCCUUUCUGUGCAUCAAAACGUAUCCGGAGAUGAAAGCGGCCAUUGGCUUGGGCCGCUCUUUUGUCUUUUUUAGCACUAUGUCUUUCCUGGCAACGUUAUUCAUCUAUUGGACAUUACCGGAGACUCGCCGGCGCACUUUGCUUGAAAUCGAGGAGCAAUUUCGCAGUGAAAAGCGCCGCGAAGCGCCGACCGAACUUGAACUGCAAAAUGUCCUUGCGCACUAAAAUAAGGUGGGAAUGAAUAAAUUCAAAACGUUAGAGUUUUUUACUGUGAUGAUAUACAAAAUCUUUUAUAAUUAAAUAAAUACAUAAAUUCUAACUUAUAGUCAACUACAAA